AUGCAAGCUCCACAAGGGUUGCCACCAGGCUCAUUAAUGGCUGAUAAAUCAUGUUCUCUAGCUUCCAGCGACAACAGAGUGGAUAUCCUCACUAAGCUGGACCACAUCUUUGCAAAAUUCUGGAGCAGACUGUCCGAACAAUUAAAAACCUGCAAGCACCAAAAGCCAACAGGCAAUGCGCCUAGGCAAAUGUCAUCUGGGAGCACAGGAGAGAAAGGGACUUUAACACUCGCAAAAGCCCGACAGAAGCAGCAACGAAAACACUAUACCUCCCUGCAGGAGGACCUGCACCAAGGCACUUUUAAGAACUGGGUCCUAAGGGACUGA